AUGGUGAGUAGACCAAUGUUCGAAUGCAAACAUGCACAGAAAAUAAAAGAUGCAUUUGAAUCCAAAUCAUUAACAUCAGGAUCAACAUCAGAUCCAGGGACAACAGCAGCCUCGUUUGUUACUGUUUCCAACAACAGUGAACAAAUUUUAACACAUGACGAAAAGAUAUGUCGUUCUGAAUCUCUGUGGUUAUUAGAAACAACUCGGCAUGAAUACAAUUAUAAUUUAAAUGAUAAUAUGUCGGAAUUAUAUCCAGGCAAUGUUUCCGACAGUAACAUAGCGCGAGACUUCACAAUGAUAUCAAGAAAAUUAUCGUAUGUUAUAUCUCACAGUAUUGGUCAAUAUUUCACAGGACAACUGGUAAAACAUGUAAAAAAUGCACAAGGAUACACACCGAUUUUCGAUGAAACAGUAAUCGUUGGCAUGAAAAAACAACUGGAUCUACAUCAGAAGAAAGCAAUGCCAUAG